GAAGUGCAACACUCGCCCUUCCCAAACCUCGGCAGAAAUCGGGGCUCAUUAUCCUCGUGCUAAUUAUUCUUGUAAGAGGCAGAUUUACUCUGUUAUUAUUUUGCCCAGUUGGCUGCCAACUUUGUGAGAAGUUACUCUCAACUUUAGCCUGGAUUUCACCUGAACCCAAGACUUCCGGGGUUACGGCAACUAAAUGAUCUGGGAAGUUUUAUAUUUGAAAAGUGAAACCAAGUCUGACUGAGUUUUCCUUUGAGGAGUUCGUAUACAACAUGGCAGAAGCAACACUAAUACCAAUGAUCGAUCUUCAAUCCAACUGCGUUCAAAUGAACAACAACACACCUGAGCCAUUCCUUCAGGCCACGGAUCACACUUGGCAGAAAGAACAGAACAGUCAAUGGAAAAUUCAGUGUUGCAGAGAAACAUACGAUAGAAAUAUCUGCAACAAAAUCAACAGCUGGAAGUUUAAAGUGGUUAUUGUGUUAUCUUCUAUAUUAUUAAUAACCAUAAUCGUGAUUCUUGGCAUAAAAGCCACUUCAAUUGAUGAUGAUUUUAUUGAUCCAAAACUCAAAAUUUAUGGAAUUUCUCAAUAUUACAUUGGAAGUGUGAAAACAUCCAAAUAUUCAUUAACACAUGAACCAAUGAUACUUCAUUGUAAAAACUACUCAUUGGUGUUAAAAGAUAUGCUAUGGCAACUAUACAACAAAUCUCCGGCAACUGGAUAUUAUUUUGUGGAUAGUGGUGUGUUCCAAUGUAGCAAUGUUACGACAUAUUUCUGGUUGCAAUUUGCAUUGCCAAAAGAACAUGACCUUUUGAUUAAAUAUACACUAAGUGUGGAAAUGCUGUUAAAUGUUUUACGACAACAUCUUUAUCUUGAUGGAAAAGUAAAGAAUAUUGAAGUUGAACCAUCUUCUGUCAAACUACGGUUUGCUGAUGAUGGAUAUGUUCGAAGCUUGAAAAUUGGUCAAUGUGUGUCUCAUGUUCUAUUAUUGAGCAAAGAAAAGACAUUUGGAUCACUGAGAAUAGGGAACUGCAGUACAAACAACAACACCUAUUGGCUGGUACAAGGACAAAGUGAUCACUCCAUCAAAACUGUAAUUUCAACUGAAGCUGAAGGAUCUGUCUGCACGGGUGUGAAUGUGACAAUGUAUAAUACAUGGAUUCCAGAUUCUAAGCAAACUGUUAGUAAGUUCAGCCAAACUGGUCUAUCUAUUACAAAUGAGAUUAUUACUUCUGGGAACAUGCUAUUAGUCACUUUUAGACUGACAGAGUGUGACCUUUCACAAUAUUCAAUUACAUUUCUGCAAGUACCAACAACAGCAUGUGGUGGUAUCCUUGCUGGAAUGAAUGGGAGUUUCACAUCACCCAGUUACUUGAACAAUCAUCGAGAAGAAAUAAAUUGUACAUGGAAUCUGAAGGUUCAAGAACAUUUUAGAAUCAUCAUAUUUUUCAAAGAAUUCAAGCUGGGAGGCUUUUCACUGAUUGACGAAUCAUGCAUGGCAGAUUAUCUGGAAGUUGAUGGUCAGAGAUUCUGUGGAGACCACAAGCCAUUUUUGUUUCAUAGUCAUAGUUCCAGUUUGCAAAUAAACUUUCAUUCCAAGAAAAUGUAUGCACAACAUUUUGCUGCUGAUUACAAAGCCACAGAUGCACAUGUGUAAUUAUCUAAGUCAUAUUCAUGAAGCAAAUGGAUGGGAAGAUUCUAUCCACACAUACAGAUUUCACCAUAAGUCAUCACAGAUCUACAAGCAAGAUUCAAACUAUUACUGCUUGCAAGGACAUUGUUUUAACACUGCAAACUCUCAAACUCUGAAUGAAAUCUGUUUCCAUAGCAAAUGGUAUGCCAGUGAAAUUUUCUGCAAACUGUGUUACCAAAAUGCACUGAGGAAGAUUUUGAGAAGGUUUUUUGUUAAGCUACCAAAUAUACCAAUGAAGAAAAGAUUUAAGGAGGAUCAAUACGUCCAAUCAUAGUUUUGAAUAUUAAAUAAGCAACACCAUUCCUGAUCCAAUGUUUUAAUUCACUUAAUGUAUGUUGAAGAUUCCAAUGCAAGUGUUCAGCUGCUUCUAUAUUCUUUAGUUUCCUACUAAUUUGUGACCCCUCAGAAUUUCAAACCACUUCCCAAUACUGUAAAAGAAGCAUCGUGGACUUCCCUGAAUCAACUGUUUUUCAUGGAAUGAUCAUUGCAGCUGCUUGAUGAAACUGCAUUACAUAUUGUAACAAAAAGACUUGCAUUCUGACAUCACGUUUUACAACCUUGGCAAUAAUCCCAAAGUGCUUUGAAUACAGUCACUGCUGGAAUGCAGAAAAUAUGUCAUAGUCCCACCUCCAUCAAAAUAAUAUUCUGCAGGAUUAGCAAUAGUAUGAAUUAAGGUCAUAAAAUUUCUAGGCUGUACAGCCUGGAUUUUGAAUGCAUUGCUGUUGGAAGAAUGGAAUUUUAGAACUGCAAGGAUCAUAUUCUAUGUCAGUGCUAGAGAAUGCCUGGCACAUCAGGGGAAGAUGCAUAAUACAGGCAAUUAGGUGUGUAUAACAUGUAUUAGAAAAUGUUGGUGAAAUGAAGUAGAACUGGCAGCAUCUGUGGAGCGGCAGAGUGCAAUAUGACUCUUGGUUGGAAGAUAAAUCGUAUGACAUUUUCUUCCAUUUAUGUCCAAGAUCUAAUUGGACAUGAGAGCCACUUCUGUAUAUCACAUCCAGUGUUGAUGCAAAGGGUUAGACUAUGCUGUAAUUUGCUUUGCAGUGUAUUGUAGGCUGGCUAUCAGCAUUACAAGGUUCCAUGGCAAACCCUUUUGUAAGCGAUUCUGGUUCAAGAUGCUGCCUUUUGUUGCAGAAGAAAAAAUUGCUUUCUUAACUUAAGAAAUGUUUGUUUGUAUUUCAAACAAAAAUCUAAUUAAUAUUUCCAAUAGUUAGUAUAUUGUAAUUUUUAUGGCAUUUAAUCUCU